AGUACACAAAGCAAUGUAAACACAUCAAUCAAUUUUAGUGACACAUUAACAUCACUAAACAUAAAUAACGGUAGAUUAAGAUAAAGUCCAUUCCGUAUCUGUAACCGGUGAUGAUGAUCUUCAGUGUGGGUGUGCUGCUGCUGCCGCUGGUAUGUUCACAACCUCAGGGCUGGUUAAGCUCUCCUGAUCAUCCACUGGCAUACCCCAGUAACAGCAGUAAGAACUGGACUCUAUGUGCUUCUCCAGGCUUUGCAGUAUCUCUGACCCUCAUUCACCUGGACCUGGAGAACAGUACAGAUUGUAAACAUGAUGCUCUCAAGAUAUUCAUUGGCAACAAUCUAAAGAAGUCUCUGUGUGGAAAAAUGUCCUUUAUGGGGAUGCCAUCUUCUAACAAUCUUCAGUUUCACUCUGCUUCUGGAGGUUGUUUAUACAUUUAUUUCUAUUCAGAUGACUCACACCCACAGGUUCAUACUGGAUUCAAUGCCUUCUACCAAACACAAGAUGUUGAUGAAUGUACAGGCCAGAGUAAUCCAUGCAGCCAUUUUUGCUACAACUUCAUUGGAGGAUUCCGUUGUAGCUGUCCACAUGGAUAUCUUCUCAGCCACAACGUCACCUGUGAAGCAAUUAAAUGUGCGAAGCCUAAACCUCUGCAGAAUGGGCAUGUGAAAUUUGUUAAAGGCUCUAAAAAUGAAUAUCUGUCAGUCAUUAAGUACGACUGCAAUGAACCAUAUUAUAUUGCCAAGGAAAAGCAUUAUGGUAAUUACACAUGUAGUGCUGCACAAAUAUGGAAGGAAAAUGGCAAUAAUAUACUUCCUUCAUGUCAUUAUGUAUGUGGUCAGCACAAAUUAAAGUCUCAAUUUGGGAGAAUAUUUGGAGGAAAACCGGCUCCUCCUGGCUCCUUUCCCUGGCAAGUCUACCUUCAAAUAAGUUCAAGCAGAGGAGGGGCAUUUAUCAUUGGAGAAAAAUGGUUAAUGACCGCAGCUCACAAUUUGGUGCAAGACACUACUCCUAUACGAAAGGAACAAAUCCAGGCAUAUGCUGGGCAUAAUGAUUUAAAUGAAAUGGAGAAGUUUAUCACCCUUAAUAUUUCAUCAAUUCAUAUACAUGAAAACUACACUGCAGACUAUGACAAUGAUAUUGGCCUAAUUAAGCUGAAGUCACCAAUCACAUUCAGUGAGAAUAUCAGGCCACUUUGUCUACCACCAAAGAUAACUGAUGGGAAGACCAAAAGAGGGUUGGUAUCUGGUUAUGGCAUAACUGAAAAAUUUUCCACUGCGGACAAACUAAUGUAUGUUGAUAUUAAUACUGUGGACCAACAUACAUGUAGAACAUCCUUUGAAAAGGAAAGAAAAGAGGACGACAGUUUUCCCAGUGUUACAGACAACAUGUUUUGUGCUGGAGUUAGCGGGGGUGGAAAGGACUCAUGCUCAGGUGAUAGUGGGUCAGCCUUUGUUGUACAAGAAAAGGGUGUAUACUGUGCAGUAGGUAUUGUUAGCUGGGGUUUGAGAACCUGUGGCACUGCAGGCAAGUAUGGAGUGUAUACCCAAGUAUCGCAGUACCUUGACUGGAUAAACAAGACAAUGAGCGAAAACCAGUUUUUUAUUCCCUCUGUUAUCAUGGUUUUAAACACUGCAUUAAUGGACUUAAAUUUGAAUCUAAAAUGGCUUUUUAUAAUAUUUAUCAACUUGCAGAAAUUGAGUUUUGUACACACAUCAGUGAUGUAUGGUGAGUUACACUCUCCUAAUUACCCUGAACAUUAUUCAGCUCCCCUUUAUAAAGAAUGGGAUCUGGAAGUUCCUCUCGGCUAUCACAUUCGACUCAAUUUCAACUAUCUCAAUAUCAAAGCCUCACAAGGAUGCAGGGAUGAUUCUCUCACGAUAUCCUAUGAGGAGAAAGUGAUAAAGUAUUGUGGUGACAAGGAUUCAAAGAGCCAUACUUAUCCAGGAAACAGACCCAUUUUCAUACCUGCCACUAAAGUAAAGCUCUCACUUCUUACUAAUGAAGUGAACCAAGGGCCUACCCUACCUGUGGGCUUCUCCGCAUUUUACCGGGCUGAAGAUAUAAAUGAGUGUUUCAUUUCAAGACAAGAAGAUCCUCCCUGCACUCAGAUCUGCCUCAACACCAUGGGUUCAUACCUUUGUGCAUGCCAUCAUGGCUUCAAGCUGGAUGCUGAUCAGCGCACAUGUGUUCGGGUACAGUGUGAGUCUCCAAAAAGCACAAACAUGAGGAUUAGCCCAGUGCUUUCCACAUAUUACUACAGAGAUGUGAUCACACUUCAGUGUGACGUAGGCUACAAAAUCAUUACAAAAGGAGUAGAGGUCAGUAGUUCCACAUUAACCUGUCAGAGUAAUGGCCAGUGGAGUUCACCUCAUCCCCAGUGCCACAGUAUACAUUGUAAAAACCCACCUCCCUUGGUAAAUGGAGAAGUGAUAUUCAUCUCUGGGGCUCAUAAUCAAUAUCAGUCUGUUAUCAAACUGCACUGUAACAGGCCAUACAUUCUUCCUGCCACAUACAAUAUAACCUACACCUGUGAUGCAGAUAAGGAAUGGAAAGAUGGCCAAAACAAUGUCAUGUCUGUUACCCCAAAAUGUGUCAUAGAGUGUGGGCGGCCACUGGUUAGCCUGGAACGUCAAAAGAGGGUGUUAGGAGGCCGUCGUGCUCCACAGAGAGCUUUCCCCUGGUAUGCCUUUAUGACCCCCUUACAUGGAGGUGGAGCAGUCAUAGCAGAGCAAUGGAUUUUAACAGCAGCAAACGUGUUCACUAAUCAUAUUAAAAACCUAGAGCAAAUAAAGGUAUACGUUGGAGUCAACGAUGUACAAAAAACAUCUAAAUUCUCACAUUUAAAGGUCAAGUCUUUACACAUCCACCCCUUGUAUAAUAACCCGGAUGGUACAAACUAUGACAAUGACAUUGCAUUAAUACAGCUGGAGAAGCCCAUUCUGUACAAUGCUGAUGUUAUGCCAUUGUGUUUGCCUCCACAAGACACUGAAUUUACUCCUGCUCUUACUGGGUGGGUAAGUGGAUUCGGUCAAACUGAGAAAAGUCAUCUAGCCAGGUAUCUGAGGUAUACCUCCCUUCCUCUUGUGGACAAAAAGACAUGCCAAAAUUUUGUAAAAAAUUUAAGGGACCCGGUGGCCUUGACAGACAACAUGUUCUGUGCUGGUGUACCAGAAGGUGGAAAAGAUGCAUGUGAUGGAGAUGGUGGUGGAGCACUUGUGUUAAAAAAGGAUGGUGUAUUCUGGGCCACAGGCAUUGUUAGCUGGGGUCAUGGCUGUGGCAUACCAGGCAGAUAUGGAGUGUACACUCAGGUUUCACGGUAUAUAGACUGGAUAAACAAGACAAUGAGUGAAAACUAAGAUCAGUAUAUUUUUGUAACUUCACUUCAAUGUUUAGUGUCUAUAGAUCUAUGAUGCAUUCUGACCACAACAAAAAUUGAGAUUAAAUGUCUCUCGUGAGCCACUUGAGUAUGUUAGUGUUAUGCGUCAACGCAGUCUCAAUAGUCACGUAAUUUAAUCUAUUGAAUUCAUGCACACUGACACGAAUUGCCCUUUUUUUCGUGCCACACAGCAUGAUUUUCACACUCAUUCAGUUCUAUGGGAAUUGUCUUUCAUGCCUGCAACACGUUGCUUUCCUGUCAUGCAGUUUUUUUUCUUCUCUAAUUUGAUUAAUUAACGGCUAGAUUAAUAGCGUGUUUGAUCAAGGUAUUUUAUAACGGAUUUUGUUUCCUUACAGUAAUUGUACUCUUUUUUAUGGCGUUUUUGUGUUUGUGUUUUUUAAUGUUUUAUUUAUCAAGAUAUUUUAUUACGGAUUUUGUUUCCUUACAGUCAUUUUACUGUACAUCUAUUUACAUGUGUUUUGAAAAUCGUGCUGUCUGGCACGAAAAAAAUGGGCAAUUCGUGUCAGUGUGCACGAAUCAAUAGAUUACAUAAAUUACGUGACUAUUGCACGUAAGGGCAUGAGACUGGGCUGUUGUGGUAGUGGUCACUUUGUCCAUUUCAUUGUUCCAUGACUUUCCAAUCCAUGACUUUGUAAAUUGAAACUCAGAAACUGGUGUGUUGAGUGGACAGUGCUGUUAAAUACCAACAAAGAUAUAUACUCUGAUAAACGAUCCGGAUGCUAUUGUGAA